CGUUCAGUUUCACGGGUCCUGUUUCUGCAUGUUUCUUUCUGUUCAUUCUGCUAAUAACAAAGAGCUUGCCUAUUCUCAGCUCAGCUUGAGUACGAAAAGAUAAAUAAAUAUGAGAUUUUAAUUCUGAAAGUAAUAAUUUAAAGACACGACGAUGGAACAAAGAGAAACUCUUUCACGAAAGAGAUAUAGAAGAGAAGAUGAGAGAGGAACCAGUCCUGUAGAAACAGAUGACGAUUAUGUUCCUUACGUGCCAGUCAAAGAGCGUAAGAAACAUCAGCUGGCUAAGCUUGGUAAGCUUGGACAGCUUAAAGACGAAGCUGCUGCUAUCAUUGGAAAGAGUAGCAGCGAAAAUGAAAGAGAUGAUGCGGAUGAUGACGAUGGACAAGUAUGGGGAAGGAAAUCGAAUAUUUCCUUACUGGAUCAACACACUGAAUUGAAAAAAUUGGCAGAAGCUAAAAAGGAAAGUGCUAUGGAGAAACAGUUGAAAGAAGAGGAGAAAAUUUUGGAGAGCGUGGCAGAGAACAAAGCUUUGAUGGGUGUAGCUGAAUUAGCAAAGGGCAUUCAGUAUGAGGAUCCAAUAAAGACUAGUUGGAGACCUCCGAGAGCGAUUCUUGCUCUUGGAGAAGCAAGGCAUGAGAGAGUUAGAAGAAAGCUUAGAAUUUUAGUAGAAGGAGAUGAUGUUCCACCACCGUUGAAGAGCUUUAAGGAGAUGAAAUUUCAUAGAGGGAUAUUAAAUGGCUUGGAGCAAAAAGGUAUUGUCAAACCGACACCAAUCCAAGUUCAAGGGAUACCUACAGUAUUAUCUGGUCGCGAUAUGAUUGGCAUUGCUUUUACUGGAAGUGGUAAAACAUUGGUUUUUGUUUUACCUCUCAUAAUGUUCUGUUUGGAACAGGAAGUGGCUAUGCCAUUUGUGAGAAACGAAGGACCAUAUGGUUUAAUCAUUUGCCCAUCGCGUGAAUUGGCCAAACAGACUUACGACAUCAUUCGGCACUAUACGACUAGUUUACGACAAUCAGGCUGCCCUGAAAUACGCAGUUGUUUAGCGAUCGGAGGUGUGCCUGUAUCAGAAUCCUUGGAAGUUAUUAACAAGGGUGUACAUAUCAUGGUAGCGACUCCGGGAAGAUUAAUGGAUAUGUUAGACAAAAAGAUGGUCAAACUCAGCGUGUGCCGUUAUCUUUGUAUGGACGAAGCCGAUCGUAUGAUCGACAUGGGCUUCGAGGAAGACGUGCGAACUAUUUUCUCGUUUUUCAGGGGCCAGAGGCAAACGCUGCUCUUUUCUGCGACUAUGCCGAAAAAGAUUCAGAACUUUGCGCGUUCAGCGUUGGUGAAGCCAGUGACGAUUAACGUCGGUCGCGCAGGAGCGGCGUCUAUGAACGUGGUGCAAGAAGUCGAAUACGUGAAACAGGAGGCUAAAAUCGUGUACCUAUUGGAAUGCUUACAGAAAACUCCUCCGCCUGUGCUUAUAUUUGCCGAGAAGAAGCAAGAUGUGGAUGCUAUCCACGAAUAUUUAUUGUUAAAAGGCGUUGAAGCCGUGGCAAUACACGGUGGAAAAGAUCAAGAAGAGAGAUCGCGUUCCGUGGAGGCUUUCCGUGAAGGUCGGAAGGACGUGUUGGUCGCGACGGACGUAGCAUCGAAAGGUCUCGAUUUCGCUGAUGUGCAACACGUAAUAAAUUACGAUAUGCCAGAUGACGUUGAAAAUUAUGUACACAGAAUCGGAAGAACAGGUCGUUCUGGGCGAACUGGAAUAGCCACAACAUUUAUUAACAAAGCGAAUGACGAGUCGGUGUUGCUGGAUUUGAAACAUUUGCUUAUGGAAGCGAAACAGAAGGUCCCACCGUUUCUGCUGGAACUCUGUUCAGAGAACGAGAAAUAUCUCAAUUUGGGAGACGAGCGUGGAUGCAGUUAUUGCGGUGGUCUUGGUCACAGAAUUACGGAGUGUCCGAAACUGGAAGCUAUCCAAAACAAACAGGCAUCUAAUAUCGGACGCCGCGAUUAUUUGGCCAGUAAUGCAGCUGAUUAUUGAAAUCGUUUCGAACCGAAAGAUUCUGUACAUAUCUUUAAACUAUCUUUCUUUUUAUAUAUUUUUCGUCAAACAAUUUUGUAAAUAGUUUUACAAGUUAAUAAAUGAAUGAAGCUA